CUUUCUUAUCGUACGGAUAAUAUUAUUAAGUCAAAUUUUGUGAUAUUUCCAUAGGAAAAAUCAGUUCAAUUGUGUUUUGUAAUCACAAUAAAAACACUAGUGAUUUAUAAACAUGUCGAAACUAACGUUAAUAUUAAGUUUAGCGCUAAUAUUUUCAAGUGUUGAUUAUGUGAGUCCCUAUAAAAUUUUGGGAGUAUUUCCGUUUGGAGCUCCCAGUCACUAUUUUUUAGGAAACGAGCUGAUGAAGGGCUUAGCUUCCGCAGGUCAUGACGUUACCAUGAUAACCGUUUUCGAAGAGAAAAAUCCACCGAAAAAUGGAUCAUACCGUCAGAUUAUUUUAGACGGUGUUAUGGAAGAACAACAAGUUAUAUUUAAAGAAGUUACGAACCUUGCGAAUAAGCAGUCAAAAAUAAAGAACCCCCUCAAUAUGCUAUUUAGUUUUAAUACAAUUGGAUAUAAAGUAUCCGAAUUGGUGCUCUCUCAUUCAAAAAUGCAGGCGUUAAUCAAGUCCAAUGAAAAAUUUGACAUAGUAAUAACUACACAAUUCGCACUCGAAUCUGUCAAGGCCCUAGCACCUCACUUCGAUGCUCAUUUAGUCCUGUUCAAUAACCAUGCUGCAAAUAGUUGGAUGAAUCAUUUCGUUGGAAACCCAACCCUUCCGUCUUUGAAUCCGCAGCUUGUAUUAGGAUAUCCAGAACUUAUGAGCUUUCAGCAACGCUUAAUCAACACUUUGGUUAGCGCACUUAUGUAUAUCAACCAUAAUCUUCUACAAUAUCCUGAGCAAAAUGAGCUCGUUCACAAAUAUAUAUCAAAAGAUAUAGAUCUACCAGCAGUUCAGUAUAACGUUUCUCUAGUACUUUCAAAUUCCCACUCCAGCUUGAACAAACCAGCUUCAUCAGUCCCUUGUAUGAAGGAAAUAGCUGGAUUCCACGUUAAACCACCUAAACCCCUUCCUGUAGAUCUAAAAAAGUAUUUAGAUGAAGCAAAGCACGGGGUUAUUUAUUUUAGUAUGGGUUCUAACCUAAAAAGUGCUGAAAUGACUCAAGAGACCAAAGAUGCUUUGAUGAAGGCAUUUUCUAAAAGGAAAGAAAGUGUUUUGUGGAAAUUUGAAGACGAUAGUUUGCCGGGAAAACCAAAAAACGUUAGGAUAGAAAAAUGGCUGCCACAGUCUGAUUUACUGGCCCAUCCAAAUAUUAAACUCUUCAUCACCCAUGGAGGUUUUCUAAGCACUAUUGAGAGUUUAUAUCAUGCAGUUCCGGUCGUAGCAAUUCCUAUAUUCGGUGAUCAACAACAAAAUGCCAAGCAAUCAGAAUCAUUUGGAUACGCCAAAGUUGUAGAUUUCGAUACACUUACUGAAGAAAGUGUCUCAGCUGCAAUAGAAGAGGUGAUAUCAAAUAAAAAAUACCAAGAGAAUGUACAAGCGCGAUCCAAAAUGUUUCACGAUAGACAAAUGAGUCCUCUACAAGAAGCUGUUUAUUGGAUAGAAUACGUUGUAAGGCACAACGGAGCUAAACAUCUUAGAGUUGGCUAUUUGGACCUAUCGUGGUAUCAGUAUUACUUGCUCGAUGUAUUUGGACUUAUUUUUGGAGCUAUAUUUCUAAUCGGUUUUGUGAUUAAAAAAGUAUUGUCAUGUUUAUGCAAGAUGAUAAAAGGAAAUUGUAAAGUUACAAAUAAGACGAAAAAGGAGAAGGUAAAGAAACAUUAAAACAUCUAUAACGUAUAAAUAAAUGCUUUUAUUUUGUU